AUGAACCAAGAAAAAGAGGGCGUGGAAAGCAAAGACACUCCCAGGACAGAGACGAAAGGCGUGGAGAAAAAGCACUCCGUGUUGGUGAAGCAGGAUUGGCUUCCUUCGGACUAUGCACAAUACGUUGACGAGAAAAUUUUAAACAUCGGAUUUGAGCCAGACACUUUCCAGAGACAGGCAUUCUAUCUUCUAAGUCGGGCCUCGUCUGUUUUCGUGUCUGCACACACAAGCUCCGGAAAGACCCUGGUGGCUGAGUACGCCAUCUCUCUGUCCCAAAUUCAUGGGACAAGGACCAUCUACACAUCGCCCAUCAAGGCACUGAGCAACCAAAAGUACCACGAUUUCAAGCAGAAAUAUGAUGAUGUCGGAAUUAUCACUGGGGAUGUGCAGGUUAAUCCUGCUGCAAAAUGCCUUGUGAUGACUACGGAAAUCCUCCGGAAUCUUGUGUACAGGAAUGGAGACCUGCUAAGAGACACGGAGUUCGUUGUAUUUGAUGAGGUCCAUUAUAUCAACGACUCCGAGAGAGGAGUAGUGUGGGAAGAAUGCAUAAUCAUGAUUCCCCGACAUAUAAACUUCAUCAUGCUGAGUGCGACGAUCCCCAACAGCCUUGAAUUCAGCGAAUGGGUGGGAAGGACAAAGGAUAAGACGAUAUAUGUGAUUUCAACGAGCAAGCGGGCGGUUCCUCUGGAGCAUGUGAUAUAUUGUGACUGGUGUGUGUAUUCUAUUGAUGAUGGGGGAGGAAAGAGGAAUGCCUCCAACUUCAAAGGAGACCUGGUUCCUUUCAGUAAGAAGACCAGGCCCACUGGAAAAUUCAAAAUCCUGGAUGUGGCUAACUUUGUUGUGAAAAAGAAGCUCACUCCGGCUAUAUUCUUCUGCUUUUCAAAAAGAAAGUGUGAAGACUAUGCCGAGAUCCUCAGGACUCUGAAUCUAAAUGACACAAAGAGCAGGGAGGAGGUAAAGCUAUUCCUCAGCGAGGCUACCAGAUGUCUUUCUCCCGAGGAUAGAAACUUGCCCCAGGUUCUUAGCAUGUCGUCAAUGGUGCUGAAUGGAGUUGCUGUCCACCAUGGAUCUCUGCUUCCUUUUGUCAAGGAGUGUGUGGAGCUUCUGUUUUCGAUGAACCUAGUCAAGCUUCUCAUAGCAACCGAGACGUUUGCAAUGGGAGUGAACAUGCCUGCAAAGUGCUGUGUGUUCUUGUCUCUUAGCAAGAUCGAUGGCGGAGUAUUCCGGUACAUCUCAUCUGGAGAGUACAUUCAGAUGAGCGGAAGGGCUGGAAGAAGGGGAAUGGAUGCCGUGGGGACUGUGAUGAUAGCAGAUCCGAAGAUGCCAUCUCUUUCGACCAUCCAGGGAAUAAUACAUGGCACACCGUUCAGCCUGUCCAGCCAGUUCAGGUUGAGCUUUGGGCUUAUUCUUAUAUCAUUAAGGUCAAACAUCAGGGUUGAAGAUUUGAUGAGGAGGAGCUAUGGAGAGCACAGAAGCCAGAGAAACUAUGAAAGGGACAUGAAGAAGCUGUCUGAGCUGGAAUCCGUGGAGGAGGAUGUAUGCAAUGUGUGUGGGGAUCUGUCGAAGUAUAUUGGUGCCGUUGAAGAGAUAUGUGCCAGAAACUGGAAGCUGAUUGCAAAGCACCAUGUUUUGAAAGAAGGAAGCAGGGUUCUAUUGAAGAACAAUGCUGUGGGAACUGUUGAGAGGGUCUCAGGAGCAACAGUGUUUCUAAAGCAGAAGGACGAGGCUCUGGACAAUGGUACUCCGAUUCCCACCAAGUUCUUGGCAUAUCCUUUGGGCACUAGGAAGCCUUUGGACAGAAGCAAGGUCACCUUCGAGAACAUCUUCUGUGUUCUUGAUGGCGAGAAGGCUCUCUGGAAUUACGAAACAGCAAAUGUAAUGGAUGUGCUAGAGAUAAGGAAGAUAAAGAGCCUGUACGACUACCUGCUGUCUGAGCAGCAGGUCUGCAGGGAAUUUGACCAGCACUACUCAAAUGCACUGAGAGUGCACUGUAAAAGAAAAGAGAUGAAUGACAUAAAGAUUAGAUACAAUGUUUGCAGCCUUGGGAUGAUAGACGAAUAUAACAGAAGAAUGGAGUUUCUCAAGAAAAAAGGAUUUGUUGAGGAGAUGAUAACAAUAAAGGGAAGAGCAGCGGCCGAGAUACACACGGUCAACGAGGUCUUGGUUGUUGAGAUGAUCUUUUCCAAUGAGUUUAGGCAGAUGGACGGACGGAAGAUCGUUUCGUUGAUGUCAUCAAUGAUACACGAGGAGGCUGACGGGCAAGAGUUAGGAAAGGCCCUUUACGACGAGUGCAAAAGAAUGGAUGAGUGCUUCAGAGAAUUGUCCAGAGACCUGGAUGAACUAAUGAUUCCUCCGUUUACACCUCUAAACUUCUCUCUUGUUGAUGCAGUCUAUGACUGGUGUAAUGGAUCAUCACUGGGGAAGAUAGUGUCUAGGUACAAUGUCCUUGAGGGUACUUUUGUAAGGCUAGUUUUGAGGCUCGAGGAGUGCUGCAGAGAGCUGAUAAGUGUGUCCACGAUGAUAGGAGACAAGAGCCUGGAAGAGAAGAUUGGUGAUGCGUCGGCGUCCAUGAAGAGAGACAUCAUAUUCCUACCCAGCCUGUACCUUUAA